CCCCACCCCCACACACAGAGAGGAAAAGGGAGUAGCAAGAAAUGGCAGAUCAAGAAAAUUUUGUUAGAGUUACAAGAUUGGCCAAGAAAAGAGCAGCAGAAGCAAUGGUUCAGCAUUUGCAACAACCCAACAAGAAGAGAGUUGUGUUGGGUGAGAUUCAAGAUUUGUCUAAUGAAGGUAUUAUCAAAUCUAGGAAGACUAUUAAGAGGAAGGUGAAAAGAUCUGUUACUGAGAAAGAUAAGGAAUUUGAUGUUGAUGUUAACUUGGAUGAUGAUCCUCAGAUGUGUGGUGCUUAUGCUUCUGAUAUUUAUGAUUAUCUUCAUCAAUUGGAGAUUGAGAAAAAGAGAAGACCAUUGCCUGAUUACCUUGAGAAGGUUCAGAAGGAUGUGAGUGCAAACAUGAGAGGGGUGUUGGUUGACUGGCUGGUCGAAGUUGCAGAGGAAUACAAGCUUCUAUCAGACACGUUGUAUCUUACUGUUUCACACAUUGACAGAUUCUUAUCAGUGAAUGUUAUCCCUAGGCAAAGGCUUCAGCUUUUGGGUGUUUCUUCUAUGCUCAUUGCUGCGAAGUAUGAGGAAAUCAAGCCUCCACAUGUCAAGGAUUUUUGUUACGUUACAGCCAAUACGUUUACGAAGAAAGAUGUUGUGAAGAUGGAGGCAAGUGUGCUACAAUCCCUCAAAUUUGAAAUGGGUAGUCCCACAGCCAAAACAUUUCUCCGGCGAUUUACUAGAGUUGCUCAAGAAGAUGUUAAAAACCCUGAUUUGCAGUUUGAGUUUCUCGGUUACUACCUAGCUGAAUUAAGUUUAUUGGAUUACAACUGCGUGAAAUUCCUGCCUUCUUUGGUAGCUGCUGCUGUGAUAUUCCUUUCAAGAUUCACAUUACAGCCAAAGUCACAUCCUUGGAGUCUGGCCCUUCAACGUUGCUCGGGAUAUAGAGCAGCAGAUUUGAAGGAAUGUGUUCUUAUCGUACAUGACUUGCAAUUAAGUAGAAGAGGAAGUGCUUUAGCAGCUGUGAGGGACAAAUACAAGCUGCAUAAGUUCAAAUGUGUGUCAACAUUGUCUUCUCCUCUCGAAAUACCGGAUUCAUUCUUUGAAGAUACUGUAUAAUGAUUGGAAAAAUUGGUAUGAGAUGUUACGAUGAUACCUGGAAGAGAUGGAUCUGCCUUCUUGAUGCUGGCUCAUGCUAUUUAAAGGACUUUAUUUUAGUAGAUAUGAUAUAAUC